AUGUUGAACCUGUCCAGCCUGGUGCAGAAGGCCCAGCAGCUCAUCGACCCUACCCAGGGCCUCAACCUCUCCAAUUCCGACAAGAACCCGUCCAAGGCCUCCCUCUUCCAGAGCCAAUUUCGCCUCUCCAGCUCCCAGAACCCCCUCUACGAGAUCAAUGCCGAGCUCACCAUCCCUCCCCCGAACGCCACCCAGGGCGACCGCGACUCGGACAGAGGUUACCACUACGCUGGCAAGCUGCACCUCUCCGAGGCCUACCUCUGCUUCUCCACCACCCCGAGUAGCUUCGUUCGGUCGGCCAACACAGCCACCAGCUCUGUUUUUACAGGACAGACGCAUGGUGCCGGGCCUAGCGGGAAUGGCUUCACUUUCCCGCUCUGUGCUAUCCGCAAGGUCGAGCGGUUGAACAGCCAGUCUUUUCAGUUCGCCCUCGCCAUCACUACAUGGAACAGCUUCCUAUCCGUCACCGGCAAAGAGAAUCCACCGACCGACAAGAAAAACCUCAGGGAACAGCGAAUUACUUUACAUCUGGCGGACACCCGCCACGCCUGCGAGCGUUUUUGCGACGGACUGAAGAAAGGGCUGCGGGCUGCUGUCGGAAAUGUAGGCAGGCUUAGAAAGGUUGUCGCCGAGUGCUACUCAGAGCACCUCCUCCGCCCGGAGGAAAAAAAGGACGCCAGCCCCCCCGACGCCGGACUCGGCAUGAUGUUCCGCUAUCCUGGUGACCCCAAGAAGCUGCGCGAUCGCGCCAAGAUGCGCCUCUGGGCUGAGUACCUGCGCGACAACGGCCGCAACAUCACCAUCAUUCGCCAGCCCACCUUCCACAAGCUCAUCCGCGUCGGCCUGCCCAACCGCCUCAGGGGCGAGAUCUGGGAGAUGACCUCUGGCUCUAUUCACCUGAGGCUCGAGAACCCCACCCUCUACGCCGACACCCUGGCCAAGUUUGCCGGGAAGGAGUCCCUCGCCAUCGAUGAGAUCGAAAAGGACCUGAACCGCAGCUUGCCCGAGUAUCCCGGCUUCCAGGACGAGGAAGGCAUCGGCCGCCUGCGCCGCGUCCUGACCGCCUACAGCUGGAUCAACCCCGACGUCGGCUACUGCCAGGCCAUGAAUAUCGUUGUCGCCGCCCUCCUGAUCUACAUGUCCGAGAGCCAAGCCUUCUUCCUCCUCUCUUCCCUCUGCGAACGCCUCGUACCCGGCUACUACUCCACCACCAUGUACGGCACCCUGUUGGACCAGAAGGUCUUCGAGUGCCUGGUGGAAAGGACCAUGCCCAUAUUGUGGGAACACCUUGUCAAGAGCGACGUCCAGCUCUCCGUCGUCUCGCUGCCCUGGUUCCUUUCUCUGUACAUCAACUCGAUGCCUCUCGUCUUCGCCUUCCGCGUGCUGGACGUCUUCUUUGUCGAGGGCCCCAAGGUUCUCUUCCAGGUCGGACUGGCGAUUAUGAGAAUCAACGGCGAGGAGCUCCUGGAUGCUGCCGAUGACGGCACCUUCAUCUCCGUCCUCAAGUCGUACUUCUCCCGUCUGGAUGAGUCGGCGCAUCCAAAGUCGGAGAACCCGAAGCUGCGAGCCGUGACCAAGUUCCAAGAGCUCAUGGUGGUGGCCUUCAAGGAGUUCUCGCAAAUCACCCACAGCACCAUCACCGACCUGCGGCUCCGAAACAAGGACGCGGUUCUCAGAAACAUCGAGAGUUUCACCAAGAGGACGGCCAUCCGGAACCUCGGGCCCGACAGCAAGCUGCUCAGCGCCGACGAGGUGGGUGCGCUGUACGACCGCUUCUAUACGCUGCUCUACGAGCGGCAGCAGAGGGAUCUGAUCAUCCAGGAGGAGACGCGGCGUCGGGCGAGGGACAGCAGGGCGAGAGCCCAGGACCUGUUCCGCGGCGAGGGUGAGGGGGACCACAUCGUGGACAAGGGCCGGAUUGCCCUGGGCCCCAGCACCAGCAUGAUGGACUACAACGCCUUCAGGGAGUUCUUGGCCAGCAUGUCCAAGUGGGCGGUCGCGGACACGCAGCUGCAGGCGCAGGCGCACACGGGCAAUCGGAAGUCCGACGCGUUGCUGAACCCCUGGGGGUCUGGGCCGGAACCCGCCGAUCACGAGUUCAUGCGGCGGCUGUUCAAGAGCUGGGACGUCGGUGGCACAGGAGAACUCACGCUGGCCAACGUGGUCUCCGGUUUGGCCAGGAUCAAGGGUAGGAGGGAUAUCAUGGGGGCCAUGAACUACUUCUUCGAGCUCUACGACGAUGACAGCGAUGGGAAGGUGGACCGCGAGGGCAUCCUACGCAUAUCCGAAGCGUUGCUCUUCCUCUCCCGGCGGGGGCUGGAGGGUGCGCUGAGCCCGAGUACUUCGACGCCUACAUCGAAUGGCGCCAACAGCCAAGGGCAGCCCGGGACUUCAGAGACCGACUUGGGCGGUGUGUCGGCCAACGAGCGGUUCCUGGGCAGUGUUAGCGCAUUCAUCAGGAGGUGUUUCGAGUAUGCUGACCCGGACCGACCUCGGACACAGGACGGUCAAGCAGGGGAGGAAGGGGGCGAAGAAGAGCGAGAGAAAGCACAGGCAGACAAUAGCGAGGCUUUCGCUAUCGGAGACGACGACGACGAAGACGAAGACGAACUCGAUCUCUUGGGGCCGGACUCUCCGCCCGGCAGUCCCAAACCGGCGGCGAAACCGUCGACGACGCCCGCGCUCUCGACCGAUGGCUCUGCACGCAGAGUUUCCAGGGCACAAUCCGAAGCGGCCAACGCGGCGCUCGACCCCGCCAACCCCCUCCACAUCACGCUCCCUACGUUCCGGAUGGUGGUGUUAGCCGACGAGCUCUUGGAGCAGUUCUUCGAAUCGUCCUUCCCGACGUCGUUCCACAUCAUGGAGGGCUUGGGUUCGUCGGCGCCGCCGGCUUCAUCGUCGCUGACGACCUUUUCGAGCAUCAACUUUGGCCACCGGGCGGCGAUGCCGGCGAUCGCACCGGCAGCUCAGGGGGCGACGCGCGGGCUUCGGGGCGUGCUGGACAACAUUGUGACGGACGGGAUGCGGGUGGCGGCGGAGGUGCGCAAGAGGAUGGACGAGGCGCAGAAGGAGCUCGAGAAGACCGCGUUGCCGGGGCAGAAGGACGAGGACGACGAGGACGACGCGGACAUCGGGGUGGAGAUUGGCGUCCGGGGAGGCGGUGCGGGCUCCAGUACGGAUCCCGAGCGGAGGAGGGUGCGGAGCGAGGACAGAGAUUUGCUCUCGGGGGCGGAUGCCGAGGCGGGAGCGACAGGGUCCGGGAGUGGUAGUGGGAGCGGAAGGGAGGGGAAGCUGGUUGAUAUCGGGCCGGGCAUGAGCGAUGCGGGUCCCAGUAAAGGUGUCGUCGAGUUUGAAGGGUGA